GAGCGGGUGAGGUUCGUACACAGGUACAUCUACAACCGGGAGCAGCAAGUGCACUUCGACAGCGAUGUGGGGAUCUUUGUGGGUGACACUCCAUUUGGAGAGUACCAGGCCAGGAACUGGAACAGCCAACAGGAAAGGCUGGAGUACUAUCGAUCUCUGGUGGACAGGGUCUGCCUGCCCAGCUACGAGGGGUACGGCCCGUUCAGCGUGGAGAGGAGAGUGCCCCCCAGUGUGUCCAUCUCGCUGGUGCCAUCGAGCUCCCAGCCCGGCCCCGGCCGCCUGCUCUGCUCCGGGAUGGAUUUCUACCCUGCGCCGGUGCAGGUGAGGUGGUUCCAGGAUGGGCAGGAGCUGCCGGAGCACGUGGUGGCCACCGACGUGGUCCCCAAUGGGGACUGGACCUACCAGGUGCUGGUGCUGCUGGAAAUCCCCCCCCGGCGCGGGGUCACCUACAGCUGCCAGGUGGAGCACGUCAGCCUGGAGCACCCCCUCAGCCGGCAC